CCGGGGCCGGGGCCGGGAGGCGGGGCCGCCAGGUCGGACAGGUCUGCUCCGCCCCGCCACUCGCUCAGAGUGCGCAGUCCCUCGACGAGCUCGCAUCGGCGGCCCGGCCCCGGGAGCGUCUGGCCGCGGGCUCCUCGACGCGGACGCACGCGCCCCACGCCUCGCGCCGUCCGCUCGGCCAGCGGGCUUCCGACGCCCCGUCCCUCGGCGCGCCCCCCGCCAACCCCGGCCCGCCUCGCUCCCCUCACCUCGGCGCGCGCAGCAUGGCGCCUCUCCGGGUCCUCGCGUUCGCGCUCCUGCUCCUGGCGGCGACGGCCGCGGCUCAGAAAGACUGUAUCUGUGAAAACUACAAACUGACCACAAACUGCUCUGUGAACAUGUAUGAUCAAUGCCAGUGUACUUCACUUGGUACACAAAAUUCCGUCAUUUGCUCAAAACUGGCUAGCAAAUGUUUGGUGAUGAAGGCAGAAAUGACUAACUCAAAGUCUGGGAGAAGAGUGAAGCCUGAGGGGGCCAUCCAGAAUAACGACGGGCUCUAUGAUCCCGACUGUGAUGAGAAGGGGCUCUUUAAGGCCAAGCAGUGCAAUGGGACCGCCAUGUGCUGGUGUGUGAACACUGCCGGCGUCAGAAGAACUGAUAAGGACUCUGAAAUAUCCUGCUUGGAACGAGUGAGGACCUACUGGAUCAUCAUUGAACUAAAACACAAAACAAGAGAAAAACCUUAUGAUGUUCAAAGUUUGCAGAAUGCACUCAAGGAGACAAUCACAAAUCGUUAUCAACUGGAUCCAAAAUAUAUCGCAGAUAUUCUGUAUGAGAAUGAUAUUAUCACUAUUGAUCUGAUGCAAAAUUCUUCUCAGAAGACUCAGAAUGAUGUGGACAUAGCUGAUGUGGCUUAUUAUUUUGAAAAAGAUGUUAAAGAUGAAUCCUUGUUCCAUUCCAACAGAAUGGAUCUGAGAGUAAAUGGGGAACAACUGGUUCUGGACCCUGGUCGAACUUCAAUUUACUAUGUUGAUGAAAAACCACCUGAAUUUUCAAUGCAGGGUCUACAAGCUGGUAUUAUUGCCGUCAUUGUGGUUGUGAUAAUAGCAAUUAUUGCUGGAAUUGUUGUACUGGUUAUUUCCAGAAAGAACAGAAUGGCGAAGUACGAGAAGGCUGAGGUAAAGGAGAUGGGUGAGAUGCAUAGGGAACUCAAUGCGUGAUGACUGUAAUUUGAAGAGUAACUACAAGAAGGGGAAUUAGCAAACAGACUCAGAUUACAAAUGUAUGCACAUGGGACAAAGAGAAGAUCUUUGAGGACUACUGUUUUGUUAGUUAACAUCAUAUAUUUGUAAUAGUGAAAUCUGUACUCAAAAUAUAAGCAGCUUGAAAUUGACUAUCAAUCUUAAAAUUUGACCAUAAGUGUCAUAUAUAUGCAGAUCUGAUAUAAAACCCAGACCUCAGACUGCAUAGUUAAAAUUAUUUAUGCAUAACAUUGAAGAGUGUGCAUUAAAUAUGCUUUCACAGUAGAGUUUGAAUGACUACUAUCUCAUCCAUUUGUGAUUGAAAGCUGCCUUUCUAUUUACUUUGAGUCUUGUACAUAUAAACUGUUUUUUAUGAACUAUUAAAUAAAACAUUUAAAAACUGAA